AUGGCGCCCCGUCUCGACACAAUACCUCUUGAUAUCUUGCAACACAUCGCAUACCUCAGUGCUUUAGGCUCGUCGGCAAACCCGCCGAUAGAUCUACUCCAUCUUCUUUUGACCAAUUCUACCAUUUACCGGUCACUGCGCCUGCGGUCUAACCCUCAUCUGUACGCAAACAUCUUCUGUAGCGUCUUCGACUUCUGUCGAAGUAUGGACCACGUCACCGCCUCCAACAUAGCUGCAGAAUUUGUUUGCAGGCACCGUUUCCUACGACGCGUUCGGAGACUCGAUUUUUCGAUUGAAGAACUAACUCAAGAUCUUUGGGCCGCGGUCCGGAUGAUUCUCGAGAGCAACGGAGCAAACCAAAUGCACCUCAUCACCGUUAAUUUUUCUGCUUUCUUGAUAGAUCUGUCCCAACUCAUCUUUGCGAAUUAUCCGGGAACUGAAGAGCUCGACUUGAAGACGGUAAUCGUUUGGUUACUAUGCCUCAGUGUUUCUCAAAGUUUGUACCUCGGUUUCCCCUGUGGAAGGGGGUCGUUGCUGACGGUGAACGUAGAAGACAUCUCCCACACACCUAUAGCACUACGCGGCAAAUUCGUCAAAUGGAUUCACCCCUUCAUUUCUCCUUCACAUGAAGUUGUCGACUCUGCUCCCAAUUCGGCCCCUCUCAACAUACCAGCAUUCAGAGGGGAUCCAUCUUCAAACAUCUCGGACGGUCCUCAGGAAUCAACCAUAGAUAGUUGGCAACAUGAGCCAAUGAUCCCCGACCCUUCCUUUGCCGCCAUCAAUUUAACGUUUGCUUUCAAGGAGGCAGAGCUUUCCUCCAUGCUGCUGCAUGCAGUUUCUGAAACGCGUGCCCUUGCUGCAGUUGCCCAUCAGGCUGGUCCAACGAUGGAAGACUUCAGAGUUUUUCAGUCGUUCCGGACGCCACUGUGUGCCGACACACUGUCUCAAGAGGCGGGAUUGAUGCGAAGCCUGGAGCACGACCCUGAGUUCCGUUGCCUGAUGACUCGAAGGCCCGAUGCAAAUCACCUACAUGAUAUUGAUUCCUACGCCUAUGUCCCCGGUACACUCACAGGAGUUUGGCAGGGGACUUACUUGACUGCAAUACCCGUUAUCACGCCCUCCACUCCCGCUCAUCUUACGCCCAGGAUGGAUUUUGAUUGUCGAAAACCUAUUCAAUGCUCGCUUUCCGAAUACCUCUGUUUUGGUCCAAAUAUCCCUGUUCCGUGGGAGGAUGACACAGCAGAGUGGACCCCACGGCGCCUUCUGGAACAAGAAGAUGGUUCCAACAUUCUCUCUCAGAGGUACAAUUACGAGAGGUUCGAGAAGUACGGAGGACGGCGUGAUUCACGCGAAGCAUUGGAUAUUUUCAUCGUCGGCGAGACACUCGAAGACCAUGACCUAGCGUGGGGUGGCUUUUUGUUCGCAGGGAGGGUUCAAAGGGAUGGAUCUAUUGUGAUGAAGCGAGAGCCGAAAGAUCCAGACCAGGAUUACUUGGGGACAUGGGUAUUCGAAGGGCGCUUGACAUUCAGCAAAGGCUUCGUGGGGAGAUGGCGAUCAAGCAGCUCAAGGGACAUCUCAAAUGCUCAAGGCAUCUUCAGCAUGGCGAAAAUCAGCAAGUGA